GGAUUAGACCAAGUCUUUUUGAGCAAUUCAAACCUCAAGACCAGGUUGUCGAUGAAUAUACAUUUACUAAAUUUCUGGGUUAUGAAGAAGCUAAAAGACAACUUAAUAGGCAUUGGACAUCUUGGGUAACAGAGAAUGAUAUAGAAAAACUUGCAUCAUACGGACUAAACCAUCUUAGAAUACCUGUUGGUUAUUGGGCUUUCGACAAGAUACCAAAUGAACCAUUCGUCACGGAUUCUUUUAAAUAUUUACUAAAGGCAGUUAGAUGGGCGAAGAAAUAUGGCCUGAAUGUCAUUGUCGAUUUGCAUGCUGCUCCAGGUUCCCAGAACGGUUUUGAUAAUUCUGGUAGACAAGGUCCAAUUGAAUGGCAAAAUGGAGAUAAUAUACAACGUACACUUAAUGUUAUCAAAAAUAUAACCGAAACAUUCAGUAUUCCUGAGUUUAAAAGCACAGUCACCUUCAUUGGCGUCCUUAAUGAACCUAAAUCUAUUAUAAAUAAUCAAUUUAACAAAUUUUUUAAAGAUGCCUAUAAAAUUAUUCGUGAAAUAAAUAAUAAUAUUUUAUUAUUAUAUGAUGCUACUUUUUUAUCUUUUGAUGAUUCGAUAAAGUUUAUAGAUUCUUCAGAUUUCAAUCAUGUUGUAUUAGAUACCCAUAUUUAUAAUGGAUUUUCUUGCGAUUUUAUAACAAUGAGCAUUAAUACUCAAUUUGCUCAUGUCUGUUUAAAUGAAUAUAAUAUUUCUUCCACUAAUCAAGCAAUUUGGAGAAAUGUUGGAGAAUGGAGUCUUGCUACAACUGAUUGUACGAAAUGGUUACAUGGUUAUGGUAAUAACUCAACUUGCAACUAUACUAAGAGUACGUGUAAAUCUGAAGACGAUUAUUUAAGUUGGACUCCCGAAUAUAAAAAAUUUUUAAAACAAUAUGCAUCAGCACAAAUGGAUGCUUAUGAAGCUGGGUUAGGUUGGAGCUUUUGGAAUUUCAAAACCGAAAGUUCUCCACAUUGGGAUUUUAUGCUUGGAGUUGAACAAGGAUGGAUUCCACUUACUCCUGAGCAACGAACAUAUGACU